UCGAGGAGACAAUUGGCUACAAAUAUUCGCUGCAGUCAAAUACAACUCUACGGCUUGUUGGAACUUCACCAAAGAGAUGAAACCCAGUUUCCUCAUUCUUGGAGUGACUGCUCUAGCAUGCCUGCAGGUUUCUUUGGCAGAAAGUGACACCUGCAAUGGUAGAAGCAAAUGCUCGUCGUGUCAAUGCUCUGCUUUAGAGAUAUGCGGAAAAGCGAUCUUUUCCGAGGACGAGCCAUCUCGAUUUCCUGACCAGCAGGUGUCUUCAUGCAUGAACUGCACGUGGGUGUUAUCUGUAGUUGCAAGCAAGCGAGUCAAACUUACGUUCUCACAAUUUGUUCUUGGAUCUGGAGACAAAGUUCAAAUUUAUAAUGGUGAUUCGAAGAAGUCGCCACUCAUUGUUAGAUGGAGAGAAGGCGACAGUCCGACAGAUGUUGUAUCAUCCGGGAGUUCAAUGACGGUAAUCCUUAUAACAGAUCGUUGUGGGCAGAAUCCUUUAAUAAAAGCAUCUUUUAAAGCUAUUGAUUGUGGAAAUCUGUUUUAUAUAAACCCAGGAAACGGAAAAUCAGUGCAGAUUCAGUCUCCUAACUUUCCAAAAAAGUAUCCGAACAAUUUGUGCUGCAUAUGGAUGUUCGUCAGCAGUGGGGAUUUACUACUAUCAGUACGUGUCAACAUCGAGGUUGUCGGUACUGCAGAAUCAGGAGACAAACUGAUCAUUCAGAAAUCUUUGGAAGCGUCUAGAUCGGACCGCCAAGUACAUAAGUACUAUGGAAAAACUAAAAGAAACAAAUCCUUAACAUUUAGAAACACGCCUGGACUUACAAUCAAAUUUUAUUCUAAUGAAAAAAAACGGGGAAAAGGAUUUUCACUAAACGUUGUUGCUCUUGCACAAGGUCUUCAUUGUCCUAUCCCAAAGAGUUUUAAAAAUGGUUUUGUGAGUCUAAUAAAUUUUGGUAGGACUGCCAAAUAUGCUUGUUGUGAUGGGUUUAAACUCUACGGAAGUAAUAAGCGAUCUUGCUCUGACAGAAGAUGGACGCCAUCAAACACUCCUACAUGCAAAUCUGUGAGUUCCUGCACUUUGCCAUUGAAUAUGAAAGUUUCAAAUGCAUCUACCAAUGUGGCAAUCGGAGAAGAAGUGAGUCUCUACUGUACACAAGGAUAUAAGCUUUCGAAUUCGCUCAAAUUAUUGCCAGCGUUGUGCGAUUGCAAUGGCAAGUGGAACAUAACUACUAACCCAUCACAAUGUGAAGACUAUUUCUGUGCCUCUCCACCUCCUCCUCCUACUCCAGGAGGAGUGACAUCGUUUGAAGAUGACGAGAACAGAGCAACGUUUCUCGUCGGAUCAAGAGUGAAUUACACGUGUCCAGAAGGGUAUAACUUGGAUGGCAUUCCUUAUCGCGUUUGCACUAAAGAUCUCGAUUGGAAGCCACACUCUACAGAACACAAUUGUAAAAAAAAUCUUCAAGUUUGUCCGGAUCCUGGAGAACCGGAGAAUGGAAUACGUAGAAUAAAGUCGUUUGCGGAAGGGCGUCUUGCUUCAUUUGGCUGUAAACCUGGCUUUACAUAUCAUGGAACAGACUUGCGUACUUGUGUGGUUGAUGAGCAAAACAACACGUUUUGGGAUGGCAAGGAAGGUUACUGUGAAAGCGACUUCAAGUCUCCGUUGGGUUUAGCAUUUCAACUAAAAGAAACAUUUACUGACCGUGUGGGAGCCUGCGUUAUUGACAAUCAUCCUUCCGCUUCGACUGUUGAAACCCCAACUGCUUCCGCAUCAACUGUCGAACUAAAUUUGCCCACCGAGACUGACAAUAAACUUCCUGCGUCACCAGAUUGCAGAGGCCGUACAGUGGUUGUUGGAGAAGGAUGCAUUGAUCUAAUAUAUAUAGCAGAUUGCUCAAAAAGCGUAGGCGAAGAAAACUUCAAUGACAGUCUGGACUUCGUGGGUCGCUCAGCAGCUCUGUUUAAUAUCAACAACAACGCUACUAGAAAUGAUACUGCGAGAGUAGCUCUCAUCACAUACGAUAACAGAGUGCAUCCCAUAUUUAAUCUGGGAGAAAAGGCAACUCUAGUUGAAACGAUUAACGCAAUAAACAAGACUAAGUUUUGUGGAGGUGCAACCGCAGUAAGGAAAGUAUUGAAAUUCGUUAGAGAAAAAGUGCUUCCAAUAAGUAGACCACAAUGCAAAAGAGCCAUAUUCCUGUUUUCUGACGGUGUAAACAAUUGGGCAGGAGAUCCAAUUAAAGAAGCAAACGAACUAAAGGAAGAGAAAGGAAUAGAAAUUUACACUAUAGCCUUUGGAGUUGGGCAGCAAGGUAAAAGAAUUGACUCGAAAACACUGGAAACGCUCGCGUCCAAUCCCGAUUAUCAUUUUAAAGUGAGAAACGCAUCUAACCUAGGAUAUGCAUUGAAAAAAGCAUUUACAACUAAAUUUGACUUUUGCAAAACGUGUGGUAGAGCUGUCGCUCCAGCAUGUAGAAACAAACACCAUCACGUGUGUCUUUCGGAAACAGGUGCGUGGCCUUGGGUGGUUGCCAUCUACAGGAUUGAACGAGGCAAUCCGGUUUUUCACUGCGGAGGCGCGUUGAUUAGCGAACGUAUGAUUUUGUCUGCAGCUCACUGCUUCGUUGGUCACAACAUUGAGAAAUUCUUAGUUGUGGUCGGCGACACGCAGAGGUUUGUAAAAGAAUUUAGCGAGAAAACAUUCAUUAUUAAAAAAAUUUUCAUAUAUCAGAAAUAUGAUCCAAUCUCAUUGAGUGGAGACAUCGCUCUGCUAAUGUUGCAUUGCGAUGUCAAAUGCUCUCCAUACGUACGAAAAGUUUGUUUGCCAACUCAAAAGGACACCAUCUACUACCGUCCGGGGACCCAGUGCAUAGUAGCAGGAUGGGGAGCCACAGAAAGGAGAGAACUAGGCGGAAAUUCAAGCGCAAAAUCGACAUCCAUGAAAGAACUUUAUCUUCCCAUUGCAGACAAAAGCAUUUGCAUAAACAGCACUUCGCCUCAAUUUCAAAAAGAUGUCACAAAUUAUACAGUUUGCGCUGGAGACGGUACUGGCAACAAUGACGCUUGUGAUGGUGAUUCAGGAGGUCCUCUCUUUUGUAAACGCAAUAAGGAAAAGGAGAUCGACGAUGACAGUUACGUUGUCGUAGGAAUAGUCAGUUGGGGAGAAGGAUGUGGACAGCCCAGAAAGUACGGCAUAUUUACACAUGUGCUGAAUCUGAUGGAUUGGGUCAGAAGUGUGAUUGGCAUAAACGAAGCUCCGUUGGCAACUGACGGCCCAGAACCUACUACUGAUUGCCCAACAACGGCAACUGCCGGCGCAACAGUGGCAACUCAUGGCGCAACAGUGGCAACUGACGGCGCAACAGCGACAACUGAUUGCACAACAGUGGCAACUGACGGCGCAGAAGUGGCAACUGACCGCCCAGAGGAGGAAAACCUGUGUCCGGAACCUCCAAUCAAACUGAACUAGAUGUAGUGAUCGUUUGCUAGUGACAAACACAACUGACAGUGCUGUUGGACGCUUUGCGAUUAGGUUAGAGUUGACGUAGAAAGAGUCUGCAGUUUCGUUAUGUAGGUCUCUGUCUUUGUGCAACGGUAGCGGUGCUUGAAUUUGCGUUAGAAAUGUUGUUCUGACGCCAAGGUAGUUUAGACAUUAGCAGCUGUACAACAAACGUGGCUAAUAUGUUUAGCAAUAAAAAUUUUAUAUGUAAUGUUGUC